AAUCACCUCUGGGUUUUUUAUUUUUACUUAAACAAACCAAAAACCAAUGAAAAUUUUGAAAAAAUAAUGUUUUUUCUUAGUUUUGUUAUAAAAUGCUGUAAAUAAGUGAUUUUUGUCCUUCACUGAUGUGCGCUAAUGAGGCUGCAGUGAUGGGCACUGAUAGGCUGCACUGAUGGACACUGAUAGGUGGCACUGAUGAGGUAACACUGAUGGGCUGGCACUGAUAGGUGGCACUGAUUGGCAUUGACUG